UCCGCCUGUGGGGCUGGGAGCCUCCGCGUCUCUCUCCCCGCUCUCUGGGGGCGCUGGUGGGGCGGCGUCCAUGGGCUCCGUUGGGGUCCCUCUUCUGUUGCUGGCGGGGGCCCUGGCCCGGAUCCCCGGAAGCGAAGGGGGGAAGGAGACGCCCGCCCAUUUCCUGUACCAGCAUAAGGUCGAGUGCGGCUUCCUCAACGGGACGCGGCGGGUGCGGUUCCUGGAGCGCUACAUCUACGACCGGGAGGAGUAUCUCCGCUUCGACAGCGCCCGCGGGGAGUUCGAGGCCGUCACGGCGUUGGGGAAGGCGACUGCCGAGGCUUGGAACAGGGAUAAGCACGAGCUGCAGUACCAGAAGACCGGAGUGGAUGCCUUCUGCCGAUACAACUACGAGACAGCCAAGACCGGUCAGAUGGUGGGCCGGAGAGCCAAGCCCACCGUCUCCAUCUCCCCCACCAAGCUGGACCCCACUUCCCCCCACACCAUCCUCCUCUGCAUCGCGAGGGGCUUCUACCCUGUGGAGAUCAAGGUCCGGUGGCUGAAGAAUGGGCGGCCGGAGGAGGAGGGCGUGGCCUUCAGGGAUGAGCUACAGAAUGGAGACUGGACCUACCAGCUCCAGGUGAUGCUGGAGACCCAGCCCCAGCAGGGGGACGUCUACACCUGCCAGGUGGAGCAUGCCAGCCUGGAAGCCCCAAUCACCGUCCAGUGAGAGCCCCGUUCUUCCAACUCGGCCAGGAGCAAACUCUGGACAGGGAUCGUGGCAGCCGUGAUCGGGGUGAUCUUCUUUGCCAUGGGGCUCUCCCUCUACCUGAAGAGCAAGAAAGCAAUUCCCAUCCAGCCUCCUGCAGCACUCAUGAAUUAAUUCUUCCGUCCUUCCUGCGUCCUGGAGGGAAAGGGGCUUUUUUCCAUUAACUGAUGAAUUUCUGUCUCUUUUUUGCAACCUCUGAAAAAUGGAGGGUCACAAUUUUAGAUUGGGGGGAGGAUGAGAAUGGCAGCCCGGAGCUUUUCCUGUUGAGACCCCUCUGACUUUCCUUUGAAGGCUUCUCUUUCUUGUGAGGGAGCAGUGGAGACCAUCUAGACUGACCUCUGGGACUCUGGACCUGCCUGUCAGUCCAGACACCCAAAUCUCUCCCAGCUUUAAAUCCACAGCAGCUUCAUCUUCAUUACUCUUCAUCUGAAUCCCUUCCCUUCGCUUUGCUAUAAAAGAAUAAACAUUGUAGGAAAAAUCCUGGAAUUCCUUCUUCCUCCUCCUUUUUCCUCUCCCUCCUGCAGGAGGGUCCUCCCUUCUCCCCUUCCUCUCCCCAGAUUGACACCUCCCCUGCCUCUGGAUCAACCAUCCCAGCUACUUCAGGUCUGAAGUCAAAAGUGGUUUGGUAGGAGGGGUGGCAGAUCCAGGGAGAGGAACGGACAGGACUCCCCUCCUGCUCAGAGGCCCCCUUUCUCUGCUUCCCCUCAAGCCUAUUUUUGAGGACCAGGAUGCCAAAAGGAAUGGUCCCCUUCAAGCACUUGUGGGGAGCCAUUGAGGGACACAUGAGACUCCCCCUACACUCACCCAGCCAUUUGUGCCAUUUCUCUCCUUCACAACUGGAGGGUCGUGCCCCAUUUUGGCACCCAACACCUCCCUCCCUCCACCUGAGACCCUAGAGGCCUUUUCCAGGACUACCCACCUAUCACCACUGCCGCCCCACAGCCCUUCCUGCCUUUGGGUCUGAAGCCCCCUUCUUCUGUGCAGAGGAGACCCCUAGAGCAGUGUCUCCUGCACAGUUUGAGGGUCCUCCUGCUUCAUGUCCUGGGUGGAGGACCCCGUCCCGACCCGAUGGUCCCCAACAGAGAAAGUCCUGUGGGAGUCUCAUGUGUGGCCCCCAACCAAAGCUCAUCGGAGCCCCCCCUUAGAAAAGGCCCCGAGUGGUUCUGUGUCCAAUGGCCUUGAUCUCUGGGAAGGUCGCCCUGAUGUCCAUCUCCCUGGUCUGAGGGCUCCUGGGCAGGGAGUGUUGGGAAGGGUGUCUUCCCCAGGGCCUCUUGGGGCCAGAGCAGAAAGUCCAGCCGAAGCCAUUCCUGGUGUAGGAGACAUUUGCCAUCGGGGGAGGAAGGGAGAGCAGCUCUGCCGGAGAGAGGAAAGAUCAAGGGGGCAACUCUGAGUGGAAGACCCCUCCCUUCUCCCCAGCACCCCUAGAUGCCCCUAGAUAGCUCUCCCACUGAGCCUUGCCCCCUCCAAAGUCAUCCAGAGGAUGGUUCUGUCAAGAGAACUUUGGAUUCUUGGACUAUGGUCUACAUGACCCACAUGAGGAGCUUCUGGCAGGGAAUGAGCUACAUUUCACAAGAACUGAGAAUGUCAUUUCUCUCUCUCUCUCCCUUUCUCUCUCUCUCUUUCCUUCCUUCCCUCUUUCUCUCCCUCCCUCCCACUCUCUCCCUCUCAUCUUUGUCAUUUCUUUGUCGAUCUCUCUCUCUCUCUCUCUCUUAUCUUAUCUAUCUAUCUAUCUAUCAUCUAUAUCAUAUCUAUCUGUUCUUUUUUCUCUAUCUUCUCUCUCUCUCUCUCUCUCUCUCCCCCCCUUCUCUCUCUAACUAUCUAUAUCAUCUUGCUACCAAAUUUAUAUAACCACCCAUCUCACAACAAGUGACUGUUUUGGAUACACAAUUUUAAACACAGGUAUAUA